AUGAUCGGAGGUAGUACAGAUAGGCAAAACACAGCUCGGCGCUUGAUGACAAAAAUGGUAAACACAUUGACUGCAAAGAUGGAAAUUGGAAGCCCCAUGGCUUCUCUUUAUCUGCUUGGAAAUCCUGACCAUUAUACCAGCCACAAAUUCAUUCUUUUCUAUUGGAAAAAUUAUGUAAGAGAGGCACGAAGUGCAUGGAUAGAUACAGAAAAUAAUACAACAGAGUCAUUUAACACUGAAUAUAAAGAUGCACCAGACAAAGUAGUUUUGCAGAAGUAUGAUGGCACAUACAUUGGAAUAUCAAGUGUAUAUGAUUAUAUCUACCGCCCAACUGCUUAUGAGCGCAUGUCUCUAUAUGGCUGGAUAUGUAAAGCCAAAAAAGAGAAGCGUUCAAAAGAAGAACAGCAAGAGUUUGAUGUUCAUUAUGAUAAGGAUGAACUAGAAUCUAAUGCAGAAGAUGAUGGCACAGACACAGAAGGAGAAGAUGAAAUUAAUUUUCUUGGUGGAGGAGACAGUAUAGAUGAUGACAUAGAAGAUGAAGUUGGGCAUCAAGAUCUAGACUCUGAGGAUGAACUAAAUGAUUACCAAAUUAUGUAUGAUGAACAUGAAAGCCAUGAAUUUCUUCCAGAGCAUCCUCAGUAUUGUGGAUUACCAAGAUGUGACCAAGGAGAUCGAGAGUAUUAUUGCUCUACAAUGCUCGCACUUUUCAAACCUUGGCAAUGUGGAAAGUAUCUUAAAUUGGAAAAUGAGUCAUGGGAUGAAGCAUUUGUUGGAUAUUCAUUUUCAGCACGACAAUUAGAACUUAUGAAGAACUUCAAUAUAAAAUACAAAUGCAAUGAUGCUCAAGAUGAUUAUUCUGCUGAGAUGAAAAAGAAAGAUGCAAGAGAAAAUAUAUUUGGGUCAUGGGAAGAUAUUGGUGGUGAAGUUGAUACCAACUGUUCUCUCAUCAAUGAGGAUAUUCCCAUAGAUAUUGAUGAAGAUAUGUAUAUGUUAGGUAAUCCUAAUAGCAUUAAUAACCAGAAACUUCAUGAAAUGAACAGAAUUGAAAAUGUAGUAAAAAAUGCUGGGUGGCUGGAUUCUUGCAUUGGAAAUAUUGACCCAGUAGACACAUCUUUCAAACCAGGAGAGAAACAGUCUGGCUCUCAGUGGAAUGUACUUGUACAAUCACUGAAAAAACUUUUUAUUGCUACUCGUUCUAAAAAUUUACCUGAAGCCAAAGCAAUAAAAGAUAAAAAUAGUACAUCAAAUGAUGAGGUAGUUGUAGAUGAUAUAAGUUAUUUAAAUAAAAUUUUCAAAGCAGAGAAAGAACAUGAGCAUCAAUUGAUCAAUACAAUUGUUCAUGAAUUCAGUCUUAAUGAUGAACAGGAAAGAGCUUUUCGCAUAGUGGCAAAUCAUGCUACAAUGACAAAAAGUGAACAACUUAAAAUGUAUUUAGGAGGAAUGGGUGGAACAGGAAAAUCACAGGUUAUUAAGGCAUUAAUAGCAUUUUUUGACAGACGUAAUGAAUCACACAGAAUCAUGAUAUUGGCACCAACUGGAUCUGCUGCUGCUCUAUUAAAUGGUUCAACUUGUGGGUGUGGGCCAGUGCUUUGCAUGGCAUGUAUGAGUCCUUUCUGUGGACUCUAA